AUGGAAAUCUCUACUCUCGCAAUGUACCAUUGCCUUGUUUUUGUCUGGUAUUUUUUCAUUGCCUAUUCAAUCACACACGUGAGAACAGAAGAGCGGCCAUCUGAAGUGUUCCUUUACGGUGGGCAGUGGAAAUAUUUGACAGUCCUCAAUCUGGUUUUGCAGGCUGUCUUCUAUGGGGUGUCCUUCCUGGCCGAUGUGUUGAGACUAAUUAAGAAACUGCGAUGUGCUAAGUGCAUAAUUUCCAGCAGAGACCUUCUUUUCAGUGUCCUGGCUUUCCCAGUGUCCACAUUUGUGUGUAUAUCCUUUUGGACACUGUAUACCUACAAUCGAGAGCUGGUUUACCCCAAAAGCCUUGAUGGAGUCAUCCCGCUCUGGUUAAAUCAUGCUAUGCAUACAGCUGUAUUGCCAUUUGCCGUCCUGGAAAUCCUUGCCAUGCCACACCGUUACCCAGCAAAGAAGAAGGGAUUGAUCCUAUUAGGAUUUGUCGCUUUUCUGUAUAUCAGUUGGUAA